UUUCCUGCGUCAGCGUGUCCUCCGUACUGUAUUUUCGAAAUUAUUUCGUUCGAAGAUAGUGUUGUGGACGAGCGAAAGGCUGAAGUAUUUGAAAUUCUCCCGCAGUGGAAAACACGUGUGUUGGAGCUGCACAGAAAUGAUUGUAAUGUGCAAGAAAUUAAAUCUUUAAACAUCCUUGUUGAUGUUAAAACAAGGGAGGAGUUUGGACAGUGGUUGGCACAGUUUGAAAACAAAACAAAAACAACUUAUACAAUAAGGUGCACUGAACCUGCAUCAGGAAAGUAUGUUGUUUUCAAACAAAGGCUGGUCUGUCACCACAAUACUCGCAGUAUAAAAGUUCAUGGUUCAGUGCAAAGGGCAACAAAAAACACUAACUGUCCAUCAAAAAUGACAGUGACAAUUCACGCUGUGCAUGAUAGAUACAGAGGUAAGUCUGUAGAGAAAGCAAUGCUCUACAAGGAAAUGCCGUGUGAGGUUAACUUGGUGUUGGGUCAUAACCACAGUGUUGAGAGUGCUGCUGCUGUAAGAUUUAGGCAACCAUCAAGUGAUGUCAAAGAAAAAUUAAUAUCCCUGUUUGAAAGAGGUCAUUCACCAGCCACUGCUCUUGAGUCAAUAAAGGUUGAAAUUCAGCUGAAUUGUUCAGAUUACCCUUUAGUCCUUGCAGACAGAAGCAGGUGUCCUGAUUACAACUUUUGCCACUAUUUGUUCAACAAAGUUUUUAAGAAAAAGUAUGGGCCAACAGACUUCAACAAAGAAGGAAAGCAGCUGUUACAACAGAGGUUAGAGGAAUACAACAGCGAAGUUGGAGCUGUGUGUGCCAAGAUGAUUCAGAAAGAUGAUGAUUAUAUAGUAUGCAUUUGCUCACCACUGAUGCAAAAAGUCCAUACUCAUGUAAAAGCUGCUUCCAAACUUGUAUUUAUGGAUUCCACUGGUUCUCUGGAUCAUGAUAGCAGCAGAGUGUUCGUUUUACUUACUCACAGUGAGUGUGGAGGUUUACCACUAGGAGUUCUGAUUAUGUCUUCAGAAAGCUGCGGAGUUAUAGAAAUGGGACUAGAGUUGCUGAAAGAGACCGUGGGGGAAAAUAUUUUUGGGGGAAACAUCAAUGGCCCAAGUGUGUUUCUGACUGACGACAGCCAGUCAGAACAAAAUGCAAUUAGAAGGUGCUUCCCAAACACAAAAACUUUGUUGUGUAUAUUCCAUGUCCUGCAGGCAGUGUGGCGCUGGCUUCUCAAAGCAAAAAAUGCUAUACCACAGCAAAAACAGUGUGAGUUCUUCCAGAAUUUCAAAAAAAUAAUGUUUGCGCAAACAAAAAAUGAAGCAGUGGUAAACUAUAAUGUAACAAGAGCGAACAUAGGUGAAAAUCAUCAAAAUUUAUUGAAAUACUUGGAAGGGUAUUGGGAUAGGAGAGAACUGUGGACCCUUUCACAUCGGCGAGGUAUGCUUAUAGAAGGGCACAACACAAAUAAUAUAAGUGAGGCCUUCAUGAGAAUUUUAAAGGACAGGAUUUUUGAGAGGGUGCGUGCCUUCAAUGUGGUUCAGAUGGUGGACUUUUUUCUCACAAAGGUGAAUUUGUAUUUUCAGAGGAGACUUCUUGAUGCUGCUAAUGGAGCAAGUCCUAAGUCUUUCUGUAGGCCUAUAAAGGCUCCUUCACAGGAGAUUCUAGCAAAAAUCAGACAAGUCAAUGAGGAUGUUCUGCUCGUUCCCAGUGAAGAAAGGGAGAAUCACUAUUACAUUGUUAAUAUGGCUGUUCUUGUUUGCACUUGUUGCCAAGGCAAUACAGGGAAGAUCUGCAAACAUAUAGACUGGGGCAGUACUGUUUUACCAUCAGGAAACUACAGGGAGGUGACUGAUAGUGACAGUAUACGCAGACUGUAUUAUUUUAUUGCUACAAAUGAGGAGCCUCCUGAAGGGUGGCUAGAGCCUCUGUAUUGCUCUCAGAAUGCAGGGGCUUCAAGUUCUUCGGAACGUUUGGAGCAAAUGGACACAGGUUUGCUCUGUGGAAGCCAAGAAGAGAUGCCAGAGACACUUCACAUGGAGACAGUUCCAGACAAUAGAAAUAAUAAUUUAAUCGACGAGAUAAAAGCUCGUCUCAUAGAUUUUUCAAAUAAAUCCCCUGAGGAAAUGAGGAAAGGCCUUGAAGUCAUGUGCGAAAAAUUGAGAAAGCUUAAAACGCCAUCUGCAUGUGCAUCUUAUUUGGCAAAUUUUGGUGAAGGAAAAUCUAGAAAAAAUCGUGGUAACUAUAUUCCCGUUCAGCCCACUGCAAUAAGCAGAAGAAAAAACAAGUUGGCAGGUCGCAGAUGUCAUCCGGGGGGAAGACAAAGACCACACUCUAAGCAAAGCAAGGAAUUUGUAAAGACAGUAGAAAUUUCUGAAAUGGCUACCUUUCCAUCACCAGCUACGCAAUCAUCCCAGUCAGCUUCAGACUUUUGAAGGUGCGCGACUGUUUACUGCAGCAUAGUGUGUAGGACUUUCUUAAUCUGAGAUCCAACGUAAUGGAACUAUUAAGGG